UUACUCAUCCCAUANGAGCGCCACCUUCGCAUCCUCCAUCAGCCGUACAAGUGUGGGCAAUGUUCUUUUGCUGCCACACAGGAGUCAGAACUUCAGUGGCACAACCAACAGGCUCAUAACACGCCAGCAGCUUGGACACCCACCCCUCCUGCCCCUGUGCCCACCACUACAGCUCCACCCACCCCUCCUGCUUCCACACCCACCCCUUCUUCCUCUGCCUCCACCCCUACGGAGUUCUGCUGCCAGAUCUGUGGUCAAGCCUUCACCCAGUCCUGGUUCCUUAAGGGUCACAUGCGGAAGCACAAAGACUCCUUUGACCAUAAGUGCCAGGUGUGUGGGCGUGGCUUCAAGGAACCAUGGUUCCUGAAAAACCACAUGAAGGUUCAUCUCAGCAAGCUGGGCCUCCAGAGUGAACAAACAGGACCAGGACCAGGACGGUCAGCACAGAGUUUACUUGUUGGUUGUGAGACCCUGUAUCCAUCUCUCCUCUCUCCUCGUCCAACAGACAAAGCCAAUAGGGGUAGUUUCCUGGGUUACAGUGAUGCGAGGUGUGCUGAACAACUGCAGGUCACAGCUCGCGCCAUGGAGAGUAGUCAGCAGUGGUGGGAACAUUCUUAUAUAGUAGGGUCCAAGCUUGUGAGAGAAGAUUCGGGAGGGAACCAUCGCUGCCCAGACUGUAACCGAACAUUUGGUACAUUCCAGCAGAUGGCCUUGCACCGGCAAAGCCACCUCUCCCGUGAGAGAGAAUGGAACAAGGGACAAUCACUGGGUUCUCACCUUCUCAGUGGACACUGGCUUCCAACAAAUGUGAGAGCUUCUACUGCAGCCAACACCAGCUCAGCUCUGCUGACCCAGAAGGAAAAAGAAAUACAGGGUCAGUCAUGCUUGGAUGGAUCCCGACGAGGCACUGGGAAAGACUGUCCAUUCUGUGGAAAGUCCUUCAGAUCUUCCCACCAUCUCAAAGUUCACCUCCGUGUCCACACAGGUGAGCGCCCAUACAAGUGCCCUCACUGUGACUAUGCCGGCACUCAGUCUGGCUCGCUCAAAUAUCACCUGCAGCGCCACCACCGGGAACAAAAGAAUGCUGCUGCAGCUGUAGCAACAAUGGAACAGUGCCACAUGCCCCUGGCUCCUACUGCAGUCCCUGCCUUUCCCCCUAUGCAGCUCAACAAGAGCCAUGGGUCCUUCCUUCCUCUAGGUGGAAUGUGGGAAACUCAGCCCCGCCAAUCCAGCCACAAGUCACUGCUAAACGGGAGGGCUGAUUUCCAGCCAUUGGAUCUUUCCCUACNGGGGUCUGCCAGUAUGGAAAAUAAUGUCCAUUUCCAUGUUUUAUGA